UUUUACAUAUUCAAUAAAGCCUAAUGUGUUGAUUUAAAUUAUGUGUGUUAAUAUUGUUAAAAUACACCAAAUGUGCUGCUGCCUCGUUUCAAUUAUAUCCCCGCCACACCGCAAGGGGGCAGCAUAGCUUGAAUCAAACAACAGCAAACAACUGAGAAGUAUAGGAAAAGACAGAUGUACCAGCAUUAAAACUAGCUAAAUUCGAGUUUUUAAUAGCCAGUUUUCUUUAUUUGUUUAGUAAAGUAAUAAUAACCCUAUGCCUCGUGGGGUGUGCAUCAGAGAGCUGGCGUUGCUGUAUAGCAUCGGACCUAACAGUAUUGUUUACUGUUAGCCUGGAAGCUAAGCUAACAGUUGAGCAGCUAAAUUAUUCUGACUUGUUAGCACCGAUGAGGAAAUCCUACCUUUUCCUCAGAGUGGCAAACAAGAUUGCCCAACUCGUCCUGAGUUAGCGAGAUACUCGUCAAUAAAAGAAAAAAGCAGAAUGACAGAGGAUGCCGUCCUGCUGAAUGUACCUGUCAUUCGGCAGAUGUACCACUGGGACUGUGGGUUAGCCUGCUCCAGGAUGGUUCUAAAGUAUCUCCACCCAGUGAGUGAUGAGGAGUUUCAAAGAGCAUGCUGGGAGCUGAAGCUGACAGAGAGCGUGUGGACCAUUGACCUGGCCUACCUCAUGUGCCAUCUAGGAGUCAAACACUGCUUUUGCACACAGACUUUAGGAGUAGAUAAAGGCUUUAAAAAUCAGUCCUUUUACAAGAAGCAUUUUGACACCGAAGAAGACAGGGUGAAUGAACUCUUCCUUAAGGCGGAAAGCAAAGGUAUUAUGGUGAAGAAAUGUUCAGUGACAGUUCAGGAAAUCCACUCUCAUCUGGAACAGGGACAUGUUGCCAUCGUGCUCGUCAACGCUGUAGUCUUGACAUGUGAACUGUGCUCAUCACCUGUCAAAUACUGCUGCUUCCUGCCCGUAGGCCAGAAGUGUUUCUGCAGGAAGCCCGAGUACCAGGGUCACUUUGUUGUCGUGUGUGGCUUCAACAGGACCACCGGCUGCAUCUUUUACAACAACCCUGCAUAUUCUGACCGAGUGUGCUCCACAAGUAUCAGUAACUUUGAAGAGGCUCGACGAAGCUAUGGGACUGAUGAGGAUAUCCUCUUCAUCUUCAAGGAGAGUUGAUGCGUGGUGAUGAUGAUGAAUUUGGAUUUCAUCAUUAUAGUAACUUUGUGCAGCUGCAGGUUCCCGGUCUCGUGCCGCCUCCUCAUCUGCUGUCCCUUGUACCCCAGGAAAUUUUUCUUUGCCGAUGUAACUCAACCUUUGACGGCAGGAAGAUUCAGAAAUCUAGGAUAAACUUUUUUCUUAUUCUUUUUUUUUUUUUUUAGAUAAGCAGAUAGUUCAACUGAAUUUUACUGCCUUUUAAAUGACAGAUUGUCCACUGAUGGAUCAACUAAACUUUCAGACUUCCAAGUUGAAGAUGUCGUGUGCAACAUUGGACAAGAUUCGCAAAGCAAAUUACCCAGAGUACGAAUUAUCAGGAAGUAAUGUGCACAUAAUUCAGGGCUGAACUUGAUAACUUACAGCAUUGUGGUCUCAGUCUCUUUAUGUUCAGUGUUGAUGUGAAGCCCCCAGCCUCACAUCUACUUGCCUUUAAAAGUCCUUCUAACUCACUUUUGAUUUAGAUGAUUCAGUGAACAGGGAAGCAGUGGGGUUAUGAGAGUCUCAGGUAAUCAAAGCUCAGUUGUGUGACAUGCAUCUAAUGAGUCAGUUUGCCAGCAGAAGAACGUGAACAAGGACACAACGAGCUGUGAGUUUUUCAGUGUCGCUCACCUCACUGGACAAACAGCUCAGCAUCUUGUGUUCUGCUGCUAUGGAAACGUGCUGGACAGAUGGAUGCAUUGUUGGUUGGAUGGUUUGUAUCAUGAACAUUAGGUUAUGUCCUUCUUGUCUCAGUUUUUUCUUUUUUAAAUUUGCUAUUAUCCAUAUGUUUUUGCACUACACUUUUCAUAUUUAAAUUAAGAUGCAUCAAGUAGUCGCCUCCUCUGGUUGUGAUUUCUGAUGAAGCAAACAGCACAUUUUAAAACACCAUCCUUAUUUUUUUAAUAAACAGACCUUCAUUUAUUACUUGUAAUUAAAUAAAGUGAAUACACGUGCAUCCUUAUAUUUGUCCUCCCCUACAUGAGUAACGAAGCAUUUAAUUUAAAUAAACAUUUUUCAAGACAAAGUUUCUACAUGGUCAUGCCUAAAACACAUUUAUAUUUUAUAUAAUUUUAUGGCAAAUACAGGUGUGUGUGUGUGUGUGUGCCUAACUUUCCAAGGA